AUGGAUCCUCCUAGGAUCCAAAGUUUAAUUCAGACUGAUUUUCCGGUUGACUGGUGAGUAAAGUCUCGUAAGUUUGUCGCCGGCGAACUCACUCUGAUAUGUGGGACAAGUAUGCAACAUCGGGAAUGAGAGCGGAUAUACGUCUAAUUAGCGAAGGAAGCAGGAUUCCUUUAAUUAGCUUGUAAUCCACAUAUCGUGGAACAUGUGGCAACAGUAAGCCGGCAGUUGCCAAAGAUUAUUCAUAUAAAAGGAGCUGCGGCCCCAUGCUAAACAUUAAAACAAACCGCGUCGUUUUACGGAUAAUAGUCGGAUAAGGUUGUCACGCUGAGAUUCAAGAAGCUCCGAAAAUGAAAUUGCUCGCAAGUGUCGCGUUAGUGUGCAUCUCAAGUUUUACCGUCAGUGCCAAAGAGCCAGUUUUAACGGCAGAUGACAGCGACAAAAAUCUCGUGGUCUCCGGCUCCGGAUUGGAAGACCUCGAGACGUCAGCGACCGGAUACAUAUUCAGGCGAAACGGGAACGGUCAAGGCCAACUUUUCAACUCCGGAGGGCUGAGUUCCGGUAUUUCCGGUGGCUACAACUACGGCUCGCCUUUGCAGGGCAUAGGGUCACUCGGAGGUGGAAAUUUUGGGGGUUCCGGGGGACUUGGACAAUUUUCCGGCGGCUCAGGAAUUAAUUUUCCAUCUAAAUACAGUAUUGGAAACUUUGGUGGUGGUGAUAUCGGAUCCAACAAUAUUGCCUCCAUGAACGGCUACAGCGGAAAUAUCGGUGGGGGCGGCUUUGACGAGACUGGGCUGGGAAUAGGCGGACUUGGUUAUGGCGGGGGCGCAGCUGGCAGUCUGGGGCUUGGUUACGGGAUUUCAAAAAACGGUAUUGGCCUAGCUGGACUCGGGGGCGGACUGGGCGAUGGGCUUCAGGGGCUGGGGGGUUUGGGGGGUGGGCUGAUUCAGGCAGGGGGAUUGCAGGGGGGCCUGGGGUACGGCAGAAUCGGCGUAGGGGCUGGUCUAGCUCAUGGUCAGUACAUUCCAAUAACGGGAUCUCUUGGGGGAUUGGGACACGGAGGCAUUGGUGGAGCCGCUAGCGCAGGGGCGUACAACAACGGGGGUGGUGCCGAGUUCCAGGCGGCUGAAGCGGCCGCCGCUGGCGAGAAGGGCUCCAAGGGCUACAAGGUCUCCGAGGGGUUCGACAAGGGCGAGAAGGGGAAGAUAGACGAGGAGAAGCAAGCGGGCGCGUACAGCAGCGCCGGUGGAGCGAAAAAAGGUGAAGCCGAAGAGGAGAAGAAGUACGCCGAGUCGAACGCCGCCGCCAAGGGCGAGAAGGGAGAGACCUUCCACAAGAGCGGGGGACACAAAAAGGGGCACAAGACGUCCGGCUUCCACAACGUUUACCACAAGGACGAGUUCAAGAAGGACACGUCCUUCUAUGACUCCGAUCACGCCAGCGGCCAAAAGGAGACGUACGGAUCAGAAAACGCGCAUCACGACGCCGCCAAGGGUGAGUACGAGAAGGCCGAAAAGGUUGACGCUGCUCACCACGAGGACAACCAGGCGAAGAAGGGAUCGUUCACAAACGGACAUCAGUACGGCGCUGUUCAAGGCCACGAUCGAGAAGCAGGAGAGAAGGAGCACUUUGAUAACGAGAUUGAAUACGCCAAGAAGGACGGUCACAAGGGGGAGAAGAAGUAUGGACAAUCAUCGGAUGACUAUGUCAAGAAGAUCUAUUAA